AUGCAUAUGGAGCAGAUUGACGACCCAAAGAUUGCUUUUGCUUUCUUACGUCCGUCUUGUGUGCUCCUCACUCAAGAACCCACCGUGUCCAACGUUAAGGCCCUUAGAGAAAAUCUACACAGUGUAAGUGAUGGGGCACUGCAACAGCUGCAAGACUAUGUUCUGUUCCCACUUCGCUUCGUUCUUAAGACCCCGGGGUCAAAACGUGAGGGCCUCAUUCAGGGCGUCAUGGAAGCCAUGGCGUAUGUACUGGAGAACACCUGCAUACGUAGCUGGGAGUCACUGCGAGAUCUCUUCUCUGAGCUGUGCCUUUCCAUCUGCUCUCCUACUGACCCCGGACAGCCAGCUCCAGUCUCAGAGGAGCUGAAGACAGCUGUAUUACGAUGCUUGGAUGCACUCUUACACUCAGCUUAUGGCGACAUAAUCUUUCAGCUUUAUGAGCCCACCAUGCUGCCUGGUCUGGGUGCAGCCAUUUCCCUUCUCUUGGCGUUAGCAGAACAUGAGAGGGCACGUGGAGUGCAGGAAGCUGCACUUAAGUGCUUGCUCUCUCUGCUUUUACAGUGUGAUUGCCCAAAGGAACACGUGGCAGUAGGCCAGGAUCAGAGAUAUGUGCUCGGUGAUGCUUUUGCCUCAUUUUUGCCUGGCAUUACCCGUGCUCUUAGCCAUGUGAUCAGUGGUGACGUGAGGCAGGGACAUGCUGUGACUGUUAAAGCCAUGAGGAUGUGGAGUAGGACAGUGGGACUGGUCAUGGAAGAUGACCAGCUUCAGACCAAGAGAGCAAAACCAAAGGUAGCCAGUGAGCUUGGCAGGAUAGGGGAGCUAAUAGUACACAGGACUUCCUCAUGGAGCAAGGCAACUGCAAAGAGGCUGAACCUUGUUUUACAAAAGAUCAUUAGCUGCACUUCAGCCCACCGACAUUGGAGAGUGCGGCUUGAACUGGUGAACCUGUCAGACCAGCUCCUGACCAAAUGCAACAACUCUUUGGGUGAGUGUAUUGGCCCUCUAAUGGAGGCACUGGUUGGGGCAGUCAACGACGAAGAUCUCACAGUUCGGGAGAGGUGCAGCCUUGUGCUCAAAGAGAUUGCCCAGAGAAACCAAACUACAGGUGGUCAGGCCUUCAUAGAUGUGUUAUCCGAGAACCUCCACACUUUGGCAUCCUCUCUACCCCGGCUCAUGAGAACGACUGACGAUCAACGAAAGCUCUUUCUUCUCAAUGUGUUCUUAGGUUACCUCAAGAUCCUGGGGCCCCAAGUUGAGGUGGUGCUGUCCUCGGCAGCCCACCUUCAGCGCAUCUCCAGAGGACUCAUGCAAGUGUUGGAACUGGAUGUAAUGGAUGUGAGAAUCGUGGAGGAACGUAGUGCGGUAACUCAUGUAGACCUUAGACCCGAACUGUAUAACACACGCUCUCAGAGAAAGCAUUUCCUUUACUUCACUGAUGAUAGGAUAUUCUCAGUGCUUGGGAAGAUCUGCCGGACGUUAGGUUACUAUGGAAACCUUUAUCUUCUCGUGGACCACUUCAUGGACCUCUAUAAGGAGUCUUCAGUUUACAGGAAACAAAGCGCCCUGGUCCUCAAUGACAUCAUUGCAGGGGCCACAGGUACUGGAGUAGAGGUUUUCACUGACAGGCAUUCUGGGAUAAACCAGGAGGACCUGAUGUCAGUAAUUCAGUCCAUAAUUGAGGAAUACAUAAGUGUCAACAACUGGCAACUCUCCACUGUCACUGACGAGUCAAAUAGUGAGCCAAAGGACAAGCUCAAUCAGUCUCAUGUUCUUCCUGUAUGUAAUAACCUUGAAAGAGACAAACUGCAGCUGGUUCUAGAAGCUAAGUGCACAACAGUACAUCAGCUCAACAGUAAUAUCUGGCAGAUCUGCAUUCAGCUGGAGGGGAUUGGCACCUUUGCCCUAGUGCUGGGCUCUGAUUUUCGAUCAGUUCUGAUGACUACGCUAUAUCCUGUCCUGGAGAAGGCUGGUGAUGACUCACUGUUGGUUAGCCAGUCUGCCCUUUGCACUUUGAAUGACUUAUGUCAAGCAUGUGCUUAUAGCUCCCCAAAGGAGCUUAUCAUCGCAAAUUCAGACUAUUUACUCAAUGAUGUCUCUCUAAACUUGGGGAGACCAAGCGUCCAUCCUCAUGCUCCUCGGGUUCUUGCUGUCAUGUUUUCUCACUCUGACGCCAGCCUGCUCCCUCUAGUGAUAGAUGUGGUCCAGGAUGUGCUGGUGGCCCUGGACCUGAGCUAUGAUCAGAGAGCACCUCUCUUCUGUGCUGUCCUCCACACACUCUUGAAAGCCAUGGUACAAUGGUUUCCAACUCAUAAUGGACAAAAGAAGCUACCUGCUGGUGUCAGUGUGGAGCCACAAACCAAUUUCAGUGUGAAGCAGUUUCUGGUGGAUUACUGCAGACAGAAGGAACUGGCAGAGGGUAUAGGAGCAGAUGAAGAAGAUCCAAAUGACUCAGACAUUCCUCCAUCGCCGUCCUGUCGUGAGGAGAAUAUAGAUGGUCCAGACAUGAAGCCAGAGCUGCCAUCUCAUGUCACCAUUGCCAAAGACAUCAUGGAGCGCUGCAUUCAUUUUCUGUCUGAUCCCAGCCUAAGAAUACGACUCAAGGUCUUAGACAUGCUGGAGUUGUGUGUGUGUGUGCUUUCGGAGAAGCAGGAUGAACUCUUACCCAUGGUUCACCGGUGCUGGUCGGCACUCCUACAGAGACUCAUUAAUGAUGACCCUCUGGUCAUACCACGAGCCUUCAGGGUGCUGUGUACGCUGGGCAAGACGUGUGGGGACUUUCUGAGGAAGAGGGUGUCUAAAGAGGUGUUGCCCAAGCUAACUGCCUCCCUGGCCAAGCAAGCACGGAUCAGCGCCAAAGCAGGUCCAACCUAUGCCCACACAGUAGCAUUCAAAGUCCAGCUGGCAGUGUUGGAGGGCCUGGGGCCCCUGUGUGUGUGGCUGGAUCUAGUUGACUCAGACCUGGACAGUGUGUUGGAGGCCUGUCUGCUGUAUCUGAGCUGCAGACAGCCAGCUAAAUUGCAAGACGCCAGCCUGAGCGUUUUCCAAAAUCUCAUGGAAGUUGAUCCAGAUGCCUGCUGGUUUGCUCUGAAUGAACUUUACUGUCCUGCGUCAUUUGAGCCUCCACACCCAGACCUCCAACCUGUGGAGCUAUGUGGGCAGGGUCAGCCAAGGAACGAAUAUACGGACAACGUCCUAAAACUUCUUUCAUUCAUCUCAGGAGAAUCUCCCAGUAUCUGACCACCCAGUGCCUCACCACAUACGUUAUGGAAGGGGACAGCUUUCUGCAACAUGGAAGUCCAUGGAAAAUGUAUUGUCUGACAAGCGUUGUAGGAUACACUGAGACUGUCUACUUGCUCCAGUGUCAGUAUGUCUAUAUGCACCAUAUAAGAAGCUCAAGAGUAAUAAAAAUGGUUAUAAAGGUUGCAUCUUUUAUGAGAACAAGUUGGAAUUUUGAGCAAGCAAAAUUGUAUUUUGGUGAAUGUCCAGUGUUGAUGUCAUACAUUUGCCCUGUAAAUGCUGCUGUUUA